UAAUUGAGUUGUCGCCACCCUCUCUUAGUUACUGUUCUGCUGUUUUCCAGUGAUUGGGAUACCUGAGGCAGAGUGCAACCGGACCUGCUCUGAGACAGAUAGACACUGGACCAUGCAGAACAGCACUGAUUCGGUGAGUAACGAAGAUGCAGCUAUUUCCCAGCAGGAGGAUGAAGGGAGCCUGAUAGGAGAGACCUCUGACCAUCCAGAUGUUGAUUACAAACCCAUUGAGGGUCAAAUAGGCCUGGAUGAGAAGAUUUCAAUCCCUGAUGCGGGAAUGCCAGGAUUCAGUUUCAGGAAGCUGUGGAUGUUCACAGGACCAGGAUUCCUAAUGAGCAUUGCAUACCUGGACCCCGGAAACAUUGAGUCUGACCUACAGUCAGGAGCGGUAGCGGGCUAUAAGCUCCUGUGGGUCCUCCUUGGAUCCACCAUCCUCGGUUUGCUCCUCCAGAGACUCGCAGCCCGACUCGGGGUGGUGACAGGAUUACACCUCGCAGAGGUCUGUCGGAUUUACUACCCCAAGUAUCCACGUAUAAUACUGUGGCUGAUGAUUGAGAUUGCCAUCAUUGGGUCCGACAUGCAAGAGGUGAUCGGCACAGCAAUUGCCAUCAAUCUACUCACCGCUCAAUGGAUUCCACUUUGGGGAGGAGUCAUUAUAACAAUUGUGGACACCAUCACGUUCCUGUUCCUUGACAGAUAUGGUCUCAGGAAGUUAGAAGCUUUUUUCUGUUUGCUGAUUGCGAUUAUGGCAGUAACAUUUGGAUAUGAGUAUGUGGUGGUAAAACCGAGCCAAAGGGACGUGGUGAAAGGAUUAUUCUAUCCGUAUUGUUCUGGGUGUGGCAGGAAUGAACUGCUUCAAGCUGUGGGUAUCAUUGGGGCAAUUAUAAUGCCCCACAAUAUCUACCUGCACUCAGCUCUCGUUAAGUCUAGACAGGUUGAUCGUUCCAAACCAGCAGAGGUGAAGGAGGCAAACAUGUACUACCUGAUUGAGUGCUCCAUCGCCCUGUUUAUUUCCCUGCUCAUCAAUAUAUUUGUCAUUGCUGUGUUUGGAUCUGCCUUCUACCAGAAGACUAACUUGGAUGUGUAUAACAUCUGUGCAGAGAGUGGAAGUCCCUACAUCGAUAAACUGCCAAUCGACAACAACACCUUGGAGGUGGAUAUUUUCAAAGGGGGCAUUGUGCUCGGAUGUUAUUUUGGAAUGCCCGCUCUCUAUAUCUGGGCUAUCGGUAUUCUUGCUGCAGGUCAAAGUUCAACAAUGACGGGGACAUAUUCAGGACAGUUUGUGAUGGAGGGUUUCCUCAAUCUGACUUGGUCCCGAUUUGCACGAGUGAGUGUAACACGAUCACUGGCGAUCAUCCCCACAGUGAUAGUGGCAGCAUACCAGGAUGUGUCCAACCUGUCGAACAUGAAUGAUAUUCUCAAUGUCUUGCAGAGUAUUCUG